AUGUGGUCCAAGAAAACAUCAUCUCAAUCUUUAAAAGUAGAAAAUGUUGUUUGUCCUGAUCAACAAUCUCAAUGUCCUGAUGGUUCAACUUGUUGUAAAUUAUCUACAGGACAAUAUGGAUGCUGUCCACUGCCAAAUGUAAGUAAAUAUUCUUCUUCAGUCUUUUUACCUUUUCAUACAUCAGUUUAA